UGGGUAUGCUGACAAUGACUACAAAAAAACAUCAUACACAUAAACAUUAUACACUGAUAGAGUUGGAUCAUAAAAUGGCUCAGGGUAACAAAAUUUCUGUUUUACGAAAAAUGUUUGGUUUGGGUAAAAAAAAACCCGAAAAUUCGUACAUAGUGCCACAGAAUUCGAAAAUAAAUUUGGAGCAAAAACCUGGUUUCAAGGAACACAUUGCCAAUCUUAAGGAAAACAAUUACGAUCGCAGCGCCAUGAAUAAGUGCCCACAUUGCGAGAAUAUGGCCAAGAACUUUUUGUACUUAGAAAGCCUGAUACGUAACAAUUGCGAUAAAAAUCCAAAGUGCAGCCUGUGCCAAUCGUCCCUGAAGUAUCUACAGUAUGUGAAUAGAAACAUAAUGCAAGUCUUUGGAAACUUUGACUCGAUUGUGCAGGCUGCACGCGUCUUUUCCACACAAGUGCCUCCAUCCCCGAAGUACUCAGUGAAGAAACCACAGCCGAAAGAAGUCAAGUCAAUUCGUUCUGAGGGCGGUGCCCUAAUGAACGUACAGAAAUCUGCUAAGUCUCUCAAGGCCAUCAAGUCGCAGAAAUCAAAGAAGUCGAUCAAACCCUCCAAGUCGGGCAAGACCCUGGCCAAGGCAAAGAGCAGAGCUACCACUAGCACAAAGAGCCGCAUUAGUCAUGGCAAGAUGGUACUCAAAAGUAAAUUCAAGCCAAAACCGCCCAAGUCAUCCAAAUUGGCAAAGCAGCUCAGCAAGGUUGUCCGCAGCGCCAGCCAAUAUCAAAACUUGCGUGCCAUGCGCUCCAAGCUGGCCAACAAGGCAAAGAAGCCAAAGAAGCAGCGUACCAACCCAGUACCCACAAGCAUCAACUGGAGCCUGCUUAAACGCAACAUGCCCAAACGUACCAAGCCAAUUCUUGUAUAUUAGAUCGCUUUGAAAUACUUAAACCGAGUGGCAUAAACAGACUUGACUUAUUUUGAACGCCUGACAAAUAUCGAACUCUUAGCUUCGUCAAAAUUUUCCGUAAAUAUACUGUAAAGCACACGCAUUUAGGUUAUAAAAUACAAGGUUUAAAAUUAA